AUGGCCCAGCCUGUGACGACAAUGUCCAGCUCGGCGGCGGCACAGCCGAUCACGACCUACGCGAGCGCCCAGGCCACCCCGAUCACGACGAUGCCGGCAGCCACCACGUACAUCAUGCAGGCUGAUGGAAGCCUCCUCCCUCAGGCACAGUCCAUGGUGGUGAGCUCGCCAUACAGCUUUCCGUCUCCUGCCUUGGACCACUCCCAGGGCAAGUGGUUUGCCCCGGGCGAGCCCCUGCCUGCCGGCUUCGUUCCCGUGGCGCACCCCGAGGGCCACCUCGAGCCCAAGGCCCACCACGCCAUGACCGAAGCCGUGAAAUCCAUGACCGGCGUGGCCAGUGCCCCGGCUCCGGUUGCGAAGGGGAAGGCAGACAAGAAGAAGAGCAAGAAGAAGAAGAGCUCCGCCUGCUGCUAA